GCUCGCCGUGACGCUAGAGGCGUAAAUUCAGCGUGCGGGAGCGGAAGAAGCCUAGCCGUGCCCCGGAAGCAGUCGCUAUAAUUUCCGAGAGGGGCUUGUCGUUUGGUGUGGGAGCUCUGGGGCCUGGAGACUGUCUGAAGUAGCAUAUCAACAUGUCCCGUGGUUCCAGCGCUGGUUUUGACCGUCACAUUACCAUUUUUUCACCCGAGGGCCGCCUCUACCAAGUAGGUGAGUGAACCGGGCCUACAUGUGGCCCAUCCUAAUUGCCCUGUCAUGAAUAUGCUUUUAAGGCAAUUAACCAGGGUGGUCUUACAUCAGUAGCUGUCAGAGGGAAGGACUGUGCCGUCAUUGUCACACAGAAGAAAGUACCUGACAAAUUAUUGGAUUCCAGCACAGUGACUCACUUAUUCAAGAUAACUGAAAACAUUGGCUGUGUGAUGACAGGAAUGACAGCUGACAGCAGGUCCCAGGUACAGAGGGCUCGCUAUGAGGCAGCUAAUUGGAAAUACAAGUAUGGCUAUGAGAUUCCUGUGGACAUGCUAUGUAAAAGAAUUGCAGAUAUUUCUCAGGUCUACACACAGAAUGCUGAAAUGAGGCCUCUUGGUUGUUGUAUGAUCUUAAUUGGCAUCGAUGAAGAACAAGGCCCUCAGGUGUACAAGUGUGACCCUGCAGGUUACUACUGUGGGUUUAAAGCCACUGCAGCAGGAGUUAAACAAACGGAGUCAAUCAGCUUCCUUGAAAAAAAAGUGAAGAAAAAAUUUGAUUGGACAUUUGAGCAGACAGUUGAAACUGCAAUUACAUGCCUGUCUACUGUGCUGUCAAUUGAUUUCAAACCUUCUGAAAUUGAAGUUGGAGUAGUUACAGUUGAAAAUCCUAAAUUCAGGAUUCUUACAGAAGCAGAAAUUGAUACCCACCUUGUUGCUCUAGCUGAGAGAGACUAAACAUAAUUAGUACCAAAUCCAUGAUGCCACUUGCCAGUGGAUGUGGUAAAAACAGACCAACAUUGUGGAGGCCCCUGGAUUGACAAAGAACCUCUCCAGUCCUCCUAGCCCUGAAGUGGUUCAGACUCUGUAUAAAUAAAAGCAUUGCUUUUUGGAAA